AUGGCACCAAAGAAAGGUAAGGGUAAGGAACCACCUCCACCUCCACCGCCAAAAAAAGCUGCAAUGGGCCUCCCACCUAAACCAAAAAAACCGCCUCCUCCACCUGCUUGCUUUGGACCCGAGGAUCUAGCUAGAUUUAAGGAAAUGUUCAAGGCACAUGACGAAGAAAACAUUGACAAGGUUAAAUUAGAAGCCAUUCCGUUAAUGCUAAGAAAAUUAGGAUUUAAUCCAAAAGGCGGUGAAAUAAAGGAACUUUUCAGAUUAUUUCUUGAAGAUGAUCUUGUUGAUACAGUGGAAUAUCAUGAAUGGUUGUUCAUGAUCGAAGCAAAGAUGAAUUGGGGUGAUGAUUUUGAAUUAGCAGUAACCAAAGCAUUCGCAGCAUUAGGUCACGACGAUGAUGAAACUGGUUUUACUGAUCUAGAACUCUUGCGUGAAGAGCUCAUGACUUGGGGAGAACCGUUAUCAGAGAUUGAAUUCGUUGACUGGCUUCGACUAGCAAUUAAGGAUAAAACUUAUAACCCUGAAGACGGAACUUUGGCUUAUGUAAAGUUUAUUGAGAAUAUGAAUGCCAAAGACGAGAAAUAUAUAAAGGAACCAAUUAAUUUCUUUAAAUUGGAUCAGAAGACGUUAGCUGAGAUGGCAAUGAAGAAGGCACAAGAAGAGCGUGAAGAACAGGAAAGAAAAGAGGCAGAAAAACGAGCUAGAGAUGAAGCGAAAAGGCAAAAAAUGAUCGCAGAUGGCUUAAUAUCGCCAGAUUAG